GUACAUAAAUAGCAAAGUAGUAAUGGGAAAUUGACCAUGGAAAAGUUGCGUCAUUCUUGAUGAAUCAUCAUCCUAGCGAUCCCUUUUUUUGGCUUUUCCCAACAUACUAAUAUAAAAUACUAAUAUCAUUCAUUUUGGCAUCAGUUGGAUGAAUGAAAAAAUUGAAUGCUCUGCUGCACUCUGCACUUUUGUUCUUUUUUUCUCUGUUCCUCCUGUAAGACCACAGCUCUCAUUACAAAUUACUCCUGGUUUUUUGUUCUUCUUCUUCCUCAUCACGUUUUCCAACGUUGUUGCAAUUACUUCUUUUGUCAUACAUAUCGUAUAAAUAUAGAUAUAUAUCCGCGUAAAUGAUCUUUCCCUCCUUAAUCCAUCACACACAGUCACACAGUAGAUGUUAUGCCUGAUAAGCUUGCUGCACUUCAUAAAGGGGAUGGGAGUAAUCUAGCAGUUUUGAGCUGAUCAUAUUUCUAAAACAAGUGUAAUAGCUUUUCACAGAAGAGUUGUUUUUGGAGAAAGAAAUAAUGUUGUUUCAAAGAUGCACUCUUGUGUCCGUAUUAGUAGUAGUGAUCAUUGGGAUAGCAGCUGCUGGAGCUUUACACACAGUGAAGGCUCAGCCGCAUCGACUUCUUUUGGAUACGGAUGUUGAUACUGAUGAUUUAUUUGCUCUCUUGUAUAUUCUGAAGCUCAACAGAUCAGAAUUUGAUUUGCAGGCAGUUACUUUAAACGCAAAUGCAUGGACUGAUGCAGGACAUGCUGUCAAUCAGAUUUAUGAUGUUCUUUACAUGAUGGGUCGCGAUGAUAUUGCUGUUGGAGUUGGCGGUGAAGGUGGGAUUCUUGAAGAUGGUACUAUUCAUCCAAAUGUAGGAGGAUACCUCCCUAUAAUUGAUCAGGGAAUUGAUACAGCUGGAUAUUGUAGAUACAGGCAAGCCAUCCCAUUAGGCAGUGGAGGUAUAUUAUCUAAAGAUACAAACUACGGUUUUCGCAAAGGUUUUCUGCCACAGGGCAAAAGGAGAUACUUGCCUCUCCAACAGCCCACUGCUCAGCAAGUGUUGAUUGACAAGAUUUCUGCUGGUCCGACAACCAUUAUCAUAAUUGGAGCGGAGACUAAUUUUGGCGUAUUUCUCAUGAAGAAUCCCCAUUUGAAGAGAAAUGUCAAGCACAUUUACAUCAUGGGUGGUGGUGUGAGGGCAAAGAAUCCAACCGGGUGCUGUCCAAAGAAUGCCGGCUCAUCCUGCCAACCACGGCAGUGUGGUGAUCACGGCAACUUAUUUACAGACUACACUAGUAAUCCUUUUGCAGAAUUCAACUUAUUUGGAGAUCCUUUUGCAGCAUACCAGGUAUUUCACUCAGGAAUCCCUGUUACCCUCAUUCCUUUGGAUGCUACAAACACCAUUCCUAUAACUCAAGAGUUCUUUGAGGCAUUUGAGAAGAAUCAACGUACUUAUGAAGCACAAUACUGCUUCAAAUCCUUGAAAAUAGCUCGUGACACCUGGUUCGAUAAUAACUUCUACACGAGUUACUUUAUGUGGGACUCAUUUUUAUCUGGUGUAGCAACUUCCAUUAUGCGUAAACCACAUAACGAGCAAGGAGAGAAUGAAUUUGCUGAGAUGGAGUUUAUGAACAUCACUGUAGUUACUUCAAAUGAGCCAUACAGGAUAUCUGAUGGGUCAAAUCCAUUGUUUGAUGGGCGUAACACUCCCAAGUUCAAUCUAAAUAGAAAUGGAGUUCAUAGUGGCCAUGUGCAGACUGGACUCCGGGAUCCUUUUUGCAUUGUGAAGAAUGGUAAAGGAAGAUGCCAGGACGGUUACACAAAAGAAGUAACUGGUAAAGAAGGCGUGCAAGUGCUUGUUGGUGUGAAAGCAAAGCCUAAUCGUGAUCAGCGCAGCUCCCUUGACAGAGAAUUCUUUAUAAGCUUUCUAGAUGUUCUAAAUCGUCCUCAGAAUUCUGGAAGGUUCAAUAUUACGACGCAAUUUCCUCAUUACAAGGAAACGCUUUACAAGCCAGAUUUCACUGGGAAGAAGCUUGGGAAGAAUGUUGUGUUUGACAUGGAUAUGAGUGCUGGAGACUUCCUAGCAUUAUUUUAUCUCCUUAAAGUUCCUGUUGAAAUUAUUAACAUUAAGGCAAUACUGAUUACUCCAACUGGAUGGGCAAAUGGAGCAACCAUAGAUGUUGUGUAUGAUUUACUGCACAUGGUGGGUCGUGAUGACAUUCCUGUCGGCCUGGGAAGUGUAUUUGCGAAGAAUCAAUCUGAUCCCAUCUUUCCUGCAGUGGGAGACUGCAAGUAUAAAAAGGCUAUUCCUCAUGGCAGUGGUGGAUUUAUAGAUUCAGAUACCCUUUACGGCUUGGCUCGUGAUUUGCCAAGAAGUCCUCGUAGGCAUGUUCUUUCAACAUAUUUCCACUCAGUCAUUUUACAUAAAUACAACACUGCUUUGAUAUUAGUCCUUAUUUACUUCAGGUAUACAGGGGAAAAUUCUGUCAAAUUUGGAGCGCCUCGAGAUACUGAUCACCAGGAACUCAGACAACCACUUGCUCUUGAGGUAUGGCAGUCAGUAGUGAAAUCUCUUGAUCCGGGGUCUAAAGUUACCAUUUUGACAAAUGGACCCUUGACUACUACAGCAGAAAUCAUCUCUUUGGGCAAAAAUAUGACCUCGCGAAUCCAGGACAUAGUCAUUGUUGGAGGCCACAUAAAUUCCAAAAACAGUGAAAAAGGAAAUGUGAUGAAUGUUCCUUCAAAUAAGUAUGCAGAAAUGAAUAUGUUUCUGGAUCCAUUGGCUGCAAAGACAGUUUUUGAUUCAGAACUUAAUAUCACACUCAUUCCACUAAGCAUUCAGCGCAAAGUCAGUACUUUUUCCAAACUCCUGCAAAUCUUCAAUCUUACUAAGAAGACUCCUGAGGCCUUAUUUGCCCGGAACUUAUUGUCAAGCUUGCAUCGAUUGAAACAGGCUCAUCCCAGAUACAAACAUGUGGACAUAUUCCUUGGAGAAAUUUUAGGUGCUGUAGUCUUAGGUGGAGAUCAUUCAGUCCUGGAACCAUCAUUUCGAAUGCAAAAUAUCAUGAUCUCGGCACGAGGCAUUGAAGCUGAAGACGGGGAAAUAAAACUUGAUACAAAUCAAGGAAAACUAGUUAGAGUACUGGAAGAUGUGAACCCCAUUGCUUACUAUAACCUAUUCGCCACUCAACUUGGUGUCGAAAACCAGUCUGCUGUAGUUGGAAGCUUUGAUGAGCAGAAAAGAAUGUGGAGUAAAUUGUAG